AUGAACGGGAGGUGGCUGCCGGCAGCCAAUUUGACGGCCUCCGGCCGGCCGAUGUUCCUUCCCGGCGAGAUCGAACGCGCUCUCGUAUCCAAGGUGGAUCUCGAGGUGGAGGAGAACCCGGGCCUCGCCCCUCUACGUGCCGGGCUUCUCUCGCUCACCACGCAUCGGCUUAUAUGGAUCGAGGAAUCUUCCAACUCUGGGUAUUGUAUUCCCCUCGCUUCCCUGAUCCGCCCGUAUCCGCCGAAGAAGUCCAUUAGGAGCAUGUUCCACAGCCCGAGGAUCCAUAUCCAGGUCAAAGCGUCCGCGAGUGGGAGAAUCGCGGAGGAGGGUCCCAAGUCGGAGAUGAUCACGCUAGUGUUGAGGGAUAAAUGCGACCCGGAUGGUUUCCACGCGAAGCUUGUGGAAGUUUGGAGGUCCAGGUCUUGGGAGGUCAACCAGAGGAGGAGUGACGUUGAAAGAUUGGACAGUAGGGAGGGCGGCGCUGGAUCAGGACAUGGCUCGAAUAGCUCGGUGAUAUCCACGCCUGUGGUGGGAGUUUCGGGGCUCUUGAUGAAGGAGCAGGAGAAGUGGGAGAGCACGGAUAAGAGCUUGCAGGAGGCUUUCCAGGACUUGAAUGCUUUGAUGGUACGUCGUGCUCUGCUGCUUUAUUCGCCUUCUGUUUGCAUUCUUAGAGGAUCUACGGGUAGUUAAGAGGUUGAACAUGUUUGAUUCGAAAUAUCUGAUCUCUAAGAUGUUUUUCAAGCUCGUCAGUGCAAAUAGACCGUCGUAUUAUUUACGGGACACCAAAGAUGGAGCAAAAGAAGGAAGAAGAGGGACACAAUUGAAAAUCAGACAAAUGUAGAAACUCAGAAAAUCUGAGAAUGAAAAUGUGUGAUAAGGUAAAGGCUAAGGGUUCUAUUUUUAGCCAUCCGACCAUCUACUCUGUUGGGUUUCUUACAUUGAUGAAUGAAAAACUCCAAUUGAUUCAUAUACAUCUCUGGGAGAUAACUAUUACUCCUCCUUUUUGAAGUAUUUAUGGAAGAUCACAUCCGCUAAUCAAGCUUGUCCCACCCUACUCCUCCUUUUUGAAGUAUUUAUGGAAGAUCACAUCCGCUAAUCAAGCUUGUCCCACCCUCAUUAUGUUUGCUUAUUUCUUUCCUUAGGUCUUAGGAUGCCUAAAGUUAUUGCUCCAUGGAUGUAGUUUCGACUAUUUCAUGAAAGGGGUGGUGAUGGUGGAGAGAAAAGGGGGGGGGGGGGUUCACGCAUUUAAAUCAUACUAGAAUGGAUGAUCUAACAUAUCUGCUGCUGAGGUUUUUGGUCGGUCAUUGAGAGGAAUAGUAAGGAAAGAAUGGAUGGAAUUAUGCCACAACGAAGCAUCAUAUCCUUUUACGGUAGCGAUAUUUCUUUCAUAAACUAGAAUGAAGAUGUCAGAACUGAACUAGUUCAGAAAAUAUGGGUGCAGAUGAAAGGAUAUGCAUUGCAUGUUUAGGGUGUCAGGGAGUUCUGAAUAUGUUUUGGACGGUCGACAUAGGAUUCUAAUGUAGGCUAUGGGUGAAGUUAAUGUCUCAGAUGGAUUCUCAAAUAGGUUAAUUAGAUAGCUCUGCUUGAGUAACAGUGAUUAUUUACAACUGUAUGAAAAACAUCAAGGUAGUUUACUCAUAGUGACUGGAAGGUGGCCUCGCACAGAGGUCAUCACAACUAUAGGUGAUAUAGGGUGAUUGUUGGGAUCACUAGAACAAUGAAAGAUUGUAGUAAAAUGAGUCCUCUUACUGGGAGAAAGAUUAGAAACAAUUGGAUUCCGUUGAAGCCUCUGUCUGGCAAUUUCGAUUGGGGCAGGCAUUAUCCCAGACGAGAUCGUUCAAUUAUGACUGUGAAGUUUCUGAUGUUGAAUGGUCGACUCAUAGUCAUCAAAAAACCAAAGUACAAAGGUUUUUACUUAGUUAUGUUAUUUUGUAAGCUAGCCCUUGAUGACUGAGUUUAGUCUAGUAUGAGGUAUAGGUCAAGGACUUCUAGCUAGUCUUGGUUUGGUUAUGGCUGCCACAUUUUUUUUUAUAGUUAUGUCCAUCACCAAAUUUAUAAAACAUAGAAUCAAGUGACCCAAAACCAAAGCAUCCUUCCAGAUGAUCCUGAAUUCUGAGGUCAUCGUCUAAUAUUAUCAUGAAAAUUUGGAAACUUCAGAGAAUGGGAGACUUGGGUGAAAUUUUGAUAAACGAGCAUAUAUCACGCAUUUUGCGUCGUUGUCAUGACAAAAAUAUUAAUUUUAAUCAAUGUAUAUUUCACAAUCAUGACUGCAUACAUGGGGUUCAGAUUAGUGUUCACGAGGAAGACGAAGUCAAAAGGAUUUCCAUGAAUUCAAAUGACGCAUACGAUUUCGUGCAUUGCAUUGAUCAACUUGUUUAGCUUGUGCAGUUUUUGGGACAUGUUGAUUUAUUUUUUAAGAAUUUAUCUUAUUUUGUUGAUCUUUCAGUAAGACAUCGCAUUUCUGGCUUGAAAAGAUCUUUGAUCGUAAAAAGUCCAAAUAAUUUCGCAAGUACCUUGUUGAUCCUCAUAACCAUAACCUCAUGAUAUCUUCUUUAAUGCGUACUUGUGUCUAAUCAACUGAAAACUAACCCCUUAGCUUAUAUAACAUGUGGAAACUUUGGAGCUAUCCACAUAUCUAUGUGUGUAUAUAAAGUAUAUGCAUUUCCUCGUGCUUAUGGCAAUAAUAUCAGCUGAACUAGAAAAUAGUGGAAAAAGUAGCAAUUAUUUGUAGAGAAUAGUUAGGACUUCUUUUCGCCUGACCAAUUUUGUUGUGAGAGCUUUUAUGGGAAUAAAUAUUAUGUUGAAACAAAACGAAAACUAGUUGUCAUGUGUGAUCAACUUGGGCGUGCUUGAAAGGUCCAUCUUGCUCCCUUAAGUAAGGUUAUGCUCUUCAAAAGAGAGAUUUUACACGACUGAUUUAAAGUUUGUAAAUGUUUCUUGAACUGGACCGCAAUCCCAGUUUAUUUUUUUCUGUAACCGAAGGCAUAGGAGGAGAUGAAGUCUGCAAGUCUGAUUUCGAGCUGGCUAGUUUGCCAGGCAAUGCACAUAAUCGGCGUCUCACUGCCAAGAGGCAGCUUUCAUGCGUGCAGAUUCUUUUUUAUGUCUUUGAGCAAUUUAGAUUUUCUACCACUUGUUUGUGUUCUGGGGCAGUUUCUUCAGUGACUGAAUCCAUGCAUUAUUUUACAGGGAAAAGCGAAGGAGAUGGUAAUGUUGGCAGAAAAAAUGAGGGCAAAACUUUUAUCAGGUUCAAGUGCUCAGGUAAAUACGGCAAAUGAUGAAGAGUUGGGUUCCAAACAAGAGAUCCAAGACUGGUUUUUGAGUGUUGGUAUCGUAUCACCUGUUACGAAGGAGUCUGCUGGUGCUUUAUAUCACCAAGAAUUAUCUCGGCAGGUCAAUCUAUGCUUUUUAUAACUUUCAAUUCAGAUGACCUGAAACAUUUGAGCAUCCCAUGCAUUCUAUAUUUUAUAUUCUAAAACCAUAUGAUAAGCAAUAGCCGAAGAUUAGAAAUCUGAUUUUAAUUUGGAGAAGGAUGUGUUAUAGUAAUUUUGGCCAGAGAAUCACGAUCUCGCUUGUGAUUUAGCAUAUGAUGCAAAUGUGGAAUCGAUCCCAAUUUUCAUUCUUUCUUUUUACAUCGCCAUAUUCAAGAAAUACCCAAAUGGGAUUGAUAAGCUGGCUCUGACUAUAUUUACAUUCUUUCCUUUUGCUUCUGACUUGUUAGAUAAAGACGCAAAUGGUAUUAAUCGGUUGGUUCCGACUUAUCUUCUGACUCCCUGAAAAUGAAUCUGCCGUGAAGAAAGAUCCUUACUUAAAAACUUAUCCAAACCUAGAUUUCAUAGUUGUUUGAACUGUAUAGAGAUCCCAACGCAAGUUCUGACUUAAAAACUUAUCCAAACCUGGAAAUGUUCUGACUUAUGUAUUCAAAUCCGAACGCAAGUUCUCAGGUGCAUUGGAUGCAGCAGGUGAUCAUCUGGCACUAUGGUUUCGAUGCAUUUAUCAGUAGUCAGGUUUAUGAAUGAGAGUGUUCUGUUCUGAUUGUUUUUGGCGGAGAUGGACUCAUAAAUCACGCACAUAAAUCAUAGCUAACAUGGCCCUUUGAACUGGUCGGAUCUCGGCCAUUCAUCUGACAAUCCUAAUUUCUCACAUUCUGUGCUUGCGUUUCAUUUCGUUCUUCGUGAUUGCUUGAUUGCUGCUGACAAUUGCUGCUUGAUUUCCAGCUGGCAGAUUUCGUCGGCCGCCCAUUAAACGAGGCUGGUGGGAUGAUUGCUCUUAUAGAAGUUUAUUAUCUCUUCAAUCGCGCCAGAGGAACUGGUAAUUGUACCGAAAAUAUCAGCUUAAAAUUCAUGGCGCUUUUCAAUCUUUUCAAUCUUUUCUACUCAUCGUUAUCUCUUGUCUUCUCCCAUCAACGAGCAGAGCUCAUUUCGCCAGAUGACCUACUGCAAGCCUGCGCUCUGUGGGAGAAAAUCGAUGUGUAUGCACCACCGAAACCCUAAUCUCCCGUUCAUGUUCUUCUUGAUUAACUAAACCCUUGACGAUCCCAAUGAACACAGCUCCGUGAUGCUCAGAAGGUUUGACAGCGGAGUGAUGGUCAUCCAGGACAAGGUCCACAGCGACAAGGAGGUCCUGCUCGCCCUGGAACACCCACCCUCCUCUGGGCAUUGUUAUUUUCUUGCUGGGUUUGACCAGCCGGGUGGUGCGUUUACUCUGCAGGUCUUUGAGAGGAUAAAGUCAAUGGCAUUGAAGCCGGAGGCCCUCCGGCAGGGGGUCAGCCCGACCGACGCUGCAAUGACGCUGGGCAUUGCUCCGGCGCUGGCCAAGGAGUACCUUCUCGCCGCAGAAAAUGAAGGUAGGCCCGUAGAAUGUGUGGGAGUGUCGCCAGUUGAGUGCAUGGAAUGAUUUGACCGUUGGUUGUUACGCAGGGCUGCUGUGCAGAGACGUCAGCCCCGAGGGAUUCCGCUUCUACCUCAACCUCUUCAGAGAGAUCGACCCCCGCUGCAUGUACUCGUAAGUCCCUUAGAACUGAUGACUGAUUAUGUCGAUUUAUUCAGUCCGAUUUAGCAAGAACCAUAUGAUUCGUUAAGGAAACAAAAUACACCAAGCAUUUGUGUCGGAUCACUUUGUCAGCUGGGUAGAGGCUCAGCUGAAUCCGCAGUAGGUAUUUUUUUCAGAUCUCUGUGCUUGUGACACUGGUUUCUCUCUCUCUCUCUCUCAUCACCAUCGACAGUUGGUGAAUUUACAUCCGUAAGUGAACACUAUGUUGAUGAUAGACUUUAUUCCUCUCUCCCUCCCUCUCUCUCUCUCUAACCAUAAUCAUCACCAUCAUCAGUUGGUGAAUUUACAUUCAUAAGUGGACACUAUGUUGAUGAUAGACUUAAUUCCUCUCUCUCUCUAUCUCUAACCAACCAUCACCAUCGUCGUCGUUAGUUGGUGAAUUUACAUUCAUAAGUGAACAGUAUGUUGAUGAUAGACUUUAUUUCUCUCUCUCUCUAACCAUCCAUCAUCAUCGUCGUGUUAGUCGGUGAAUUUACAUUCAUAAGUAAACACAAAGUUGAUGAUAGAUUUUAUUCCUGUCCCCCCCCAUGAAUCUUCUCGCUUUUCUCUAUCUAACCUUGUACAGCGAAAAUGGUCGACUUGCAGGGUUGAGAGGAGCGGGCUGUUCAGAUCCUGGCUCUCUGCCACCGCAGUUGCCAGCUAG